AUGGCUCAAUUGAUACAUCUCCUACUUGGCAUUUGUGCUCUAUCAAUCUGCUCAGAAGCAAAACAGUUUUGUCCCGCCUGUGUUGAUCCAGAAUUUGUAAGUUGCCUAUUUUUUUGUAAGUAGAUACAAUAGAAAUAUCUGAGCUUUUCAGGUUGAUUAUGUUGUAAGCAAUAAAGGAUUGUUUUCGGAUCGCUCGAUGGCCUACCCACGUAUGAAAGAUGGAGAGCUUGCUUGUCGUUCGGAAGACUACACCAAGGAAACAACAGACACGGUGAGAUUUCUUAGCGGGCGUGGGUGGGAAGUAUAAUUGGGAAGAACGCAAUGGAAGACAGACUUCGGGAGUUUGGGGAGAUUUAUUAAGGAGAGCGGGGAUAAGGAAUCGCGGAGAGGGGGGAGUCUAGGAGGUGAUUUUUUACUGAAAUUCGAUUCAAAUCUUCAAAAUACUCAAAUUCAGUACAGAAGGAGAUAUCCAAAACUUCGUUGCAAAUUAAAAUUUCCAUUUUUCCCUUUUCCAAUUAUCUUAACCACCCAGUUCCUUUUAAAGAAUAUUCACACGUGUUAAAAUUGUCUUUUUCUCAAUGUUUUUCACUCAUUCAAUAUAUUCAGGUGUUUCUAAAAUUCAAUGGAAAGAACAUCGGGAAAUAUGCAGCUGUGAAGUACAUUUUUGAUACACAAAAAUAAUACAAUACCCACAGAUGUUCUUUAUUUUUCAAAAUGCAGUAGAGGUCACGAUAUUAUUAUAGAUCCAAAAAAACAGAAAUCUGAUCAUAUGAAAGACUUAUUCGAAAUGCUUCAUUCUAAUUAGCAAUGAUCGGAAAAAAGUUUUGCAACAUCACAUAAAUCAAAAGUGACGCCAAAAGUUUUCUAUUCGGAAUCUCAAAGCGUAGAUCAAGCAAAAAUUUGUAAACCGUUCCAAACCUUUUUGCAUUUAUGUGAGAAAUUUCGAAAUUUUAAUAAAAAAAUUUUUACACUGUUAAGAAAAUGAAAAUAAUUUUUUUUCUACCAGUUUUCGAACCAACUUUUUUCUCGAAAAAAUGUUUAAAAUUAUUCAAAAGAAAAAUCACUAACACUGGUAAAAUUUCCAAUUUUUCGCACUCUAUUCGUUUUGAUACCAGUUACCCUACCCCGUAAAACGUCGGUCACAUAUUUCACCCUACCUAUAUAAGAAAAUGUGUUAGAUAAGUUUUCGUUCUUCCGAGAACAUAUACUAAAAUUGGAACAAUACAGAGAAUAUUAGCAUGGCCCCUGCGCAAGGAUGACACGCAAAUUCGUGAAGCGUUCCAAAUUUUUUGAAAAAUUUCAGAUAACUUUCAAAAAUUCAUACACUUUUUUCUCGAUUUUCAUUUUUUCCGAAUAGAUCCCAUGUUAUGAGGUUCCCUUGUAAAAAGAAAAUAUGUUUUUCUUGCUAUGAUUCAUAUUUUGAAUUGAUACAUCUAUGUCGUUUUUCUGAAAUGAUAUGCAAUAAAAUUGAUGGGAUGAUUCAGUUUUUCAGCUAUAUGAGCAAAUGAAAAAUAAUGUAUUUUUUACCAGUUUUUGGAACAAAUUCAUUUUUAUUGGUUAUAUGAUUGUCCCCAUUGAUUAUCCAAAAAAAUGGGGGAGGGGGGGUGAGGUUGCUCAGUGGCUAGCCGCUGGCGAUCUCAGGGUCACCGGUUUGAUCCCCGGUGCCCGCUUUUCCUCGAUUCACCAAAUUGUGAGUGGGUAGUAUAGAUGGGUUUUCGUAAAAAUACGGGCGGCUUACAAACAAGCGCUCAAAACGCGCCCACAAGAAAUGAUCAGUGCCAAAAUGCUCUCGGGAAAAGCUCCAAUAACGAGCGCUCGAGUUAUGCUUUUGCACAUCAAAAGUUUCUUUACAAUUCUGAAGCGCCGGUUCUAAAAAGGUGUCGUAUUUUUCCGGAGUAAUUUAUGAUGUGUGUAAUGUUCAACAACUAAUAUAAAAGGUUAUUUUUAGGAACCCUGUUCGGACUCCUGCUUGCGUAUCCAUUUGACAAAACUCGGCUUUUCCACCCAGCGAAAAACUAUCGGUUAGUUAGAAAAGAUAAACGUUAAUCCAUUCUCUAACUUUAGGAUGGAUGUUUUAUUGUUCAACGGGAGUCUUGAAAGAGACACCGGCUUCCUUGAACAUUCCUCACGAUCUUAGUCAUUUCAAAGAAGAUUACAAUUACACCGAUCCGUUAAGUAAGUUUAUCACGGAGAAAAUCAAAAACACAUAUUUACAAACAUAAUUUUUCUAUUUUCCAGCGUUCAGAGAUCAAAUCGAAGUAUCGUUUUAUAAGAAUGCAUCUCAAGUCGAACUUCCCAAAGAUUAUCAUUCCAAAAGUGCACUUGAUGAUAUUUUGAAAAAAAUUGUAUCUCGAUCAAGCACUUUUUACCUGAUUUUUGCUGGCAUAGUGUUCUUCUCCAUAAUUUUCAUCUGUUGUGCUUUCGUGAGUUUUCUUUGAAAAUUGAUCAAAAAAGUUGAAUUUAGUUUAUUGAACUUUUUUUUUCAAAAAUACCGCCAUUGUUGUGAAACUAAUAUAAAUGAAAAACCUUUCAAAACUUGAACUCAAUUUUUGUAUUUCUACUACAUAUUUGAUAAACCCUCAAAUGAACUAAUCAACAUGCGAUUCUCGAAAAAACUAAGAUUUAGAGAUUUCCCCAGAUAUUUCAGCGCUAGUUUUCCUUUUUACCUAUUUCAUUUCUAAAGCAUCUCAUUGAUGUUUUGAAAAUCAAAAUUCUGUUCAUUUUCAAUAACGAAAAAUCCUGAUAAGUAUAUCACUCUCCCUUUUCAUGCUAGUAGUUGUUGCCUUACUUAUUUUUCCUCUCUUUUGAAUAUUGAGAAUUACAUCAAAGAAAAUUGCCGCGGGUGUAUGAGAAUACUGCGCGGCAAUUUCUGAUUCAACAAAUGCACUUGAACAGCAAAAACUUUUGAUCAAGCUAAACAUUCAAAAAACCAACACACAUUUUGUCCUAGACAUAUCCAAGAUUUUUUGUAAAACUAAGAAAUUGAUACAUCAUUUUUCGAGAUAUGAUUUUCAGGAUUGUUGUUGCCGCUGUGUGCGAAACAGAUAUCGUAGAAAUUUUGCGCUCCAUUCUGAAGCUUAUAAACGUUAUAGAAACAGCCAUGAGCUGCUCUCUAUUAUCGAAGAUGAAGAAACUGGAACACAAUCAGUUCAAGGAAACAACGGAGAUGGCGAUUAUGAAGAAAUAAAGGAUGCACUCGGAGAAAUCGGCGAUUUCUUUGACAAAAAAUCUAUCAAUUAUUCCGAAAAUACCGACUAUGGGCAAGUGCUCAUCGAAACUCCAAUUAUGAACAAAAACAGCAGAGUAUUUUUCAAAAAUGGUCGUUAG